AUGCAGGUGAUUGGUCGUCUGGAGGGGGACAAGAGGGAGCAAGAGGAGAUGAUAGCAGUGGGCAAGCAGCAGGUGGACACACACAAGCGCGUCAUUGAGAUGCUCGUGGAGAAGAACCAAGGGAUGCAGCAGCAGAUGGUGGCGAUGGAGAAGCGGGCACUCACAGCAGAGGGAUGUGAUAAGGCUGGAGAGCCAAAGGCCUUGCAGCAGGAGAUGGUGGCGAUGGAGAAGCGAGCACUCACAGCCGAGGGGGCCUGUGAUAUGGUGGCGAUGGAGAAGCGAGCUGUCAUGGCCGAGGGCAUGGCGCGUGCCUUUCUGGAGAUAUCAGGAGCAGAGAAGGGCUACACAACCUUUGGCUCGGCAGUGGGACUCGAGACCAGCUACCUGCCCUCCACUGCUGACCUGGACGCACUCUCUCCCACCCCCCCAAUGUUCUGA